AGCUCUCACCCCAAAGCCCAUCUCUCUCUCUCUCUUUCUCUCUCGUGUCAUGUCAUGCAGCAACUAGCAAAGUAUAGCAUUAGAACCGCAACAUAAAAAGGCUUUUUAACCUCUCCUCUUCUCUUACUCUCGCACCCCGCGACCUUUGUUUAACUCUUGGCCAGCUCAUUCUCUCUCUCCCUCUCUCUCAUCCCAAAACGACAAACCUUUCUCUCUAUAUCUCUCUCUUAAACAAUAACUUCUCUAUUUGUUUAUCCAGCGACACUUUCAACGUUUUCUCCACUAGAUCUCUACGAGAUGCGGGUUUCAUGAGAGACUCACUUUUUCUCUCAUUUUAACCCUCUGUUGCUUUCUGGGUUUUUCCUCUUAUAUAAACCCACAAACCAAAUCCUUUCUUUUUUUUUUCCUUUUGAUUUCUUGUGGUGCUUUUGGCUCUAAGAUCUCGCUGGUUUUCUUUCUUUUUUUUUUGUUUUGUUUGGGGUUUGGGAUUACAGAGCGAGCUAGAUGGCGAAUGGGAUAGAGAGAGAGAUAUUGUUUAGCGAUGAAGAGUUGAGAGAGAUGAGUGGCGUCAAGAGAGGUGGAGAUUACAUAGAGGUGACGUGUGGGUGUACCAGCCAUAGAUAUGGUGAUGCUGUUGGUAGGCUUAGGGUUUUUAUCAGUGGUGACCUCGAAAUUACCUGUGAAUGCACCCCUGGUUGCAAUGAAGAGACUCAGCUCUGCUUGCCUUCUUGCCAGAAGAUAUUGCACUUUUAUCUGUACAAGCUGACUCCAGCUGCAUUUGAGAAGCAUUCUGGAAGAGAGACAGCAAGAAAAUGGAAAAACAAUGUCUGGGUCAUAGUUAAUGGGGAGAAGGUUCCAUUAUCAAAAACUGUAUUGCUUAAGUACUACAGCCAAGCAUCAAAAAAUGCCAAUGGUUCCCAUAGAUCCCAUAAUGGACGAGUUUCUCAUCGUGAUGAGUUUGUUCGCUGUAGCAAGUGUAACAAGGAAAGGAGGUUCCGAUUACGGACCAAAGAAGAGUGCAGAAUUCACCAUGAUGCUUUGGCUGAUGCAAACUGGAAAUGUGCUGAUCUGCCAUUUGACAAAAUCACAUGUGAUGAUGAUGAAGAACGAGCAAGUAGGAGGGUGUACAGAGGCUGCACCAGAUCCCCAACUUGCAAAGGUUGCACUUCCUGCGUGUGCUUUGGGUGUGAAAUCUGUCGUUUCACGGAUUGCAGCUGCCAGACUUGCAUUGAUUUCACAAGGAAUGCAAAAGUUUGACUCUGAUGAUGCUCUUAGCCCUGAUGAAGAUAUUACCUUUUUUUCUGGUGGUCCUUUUAUGGUCAUCAUUACUUUAAUUUGAUCCCCUACCCCACAUUUAAGAUAACCUUCAGUGACAUUCGCUUAUGUUGAACUUGAAAAUUCCAGUCUCUGGGUUCAGCAUUCAUCCCAUUGGCUGCUAUAUAACAUUGAAACUAGUUAUUUAUCCUUCA